UGUCAGUCUCUCUUGUAAAAGCGGUGCUGCGUGCACUUAUCUCCCGGCUUUUGUCUCAGGAGCUGAAGAUACACAUCGUCAUUCAAGCUCUAUCUCAAAAUGAAACGACUUUGGGUGAUAGGGCUUCUCUUCGCUCUCUUUGCCUUUGCUGCUGUAAAGGCAGAAGAUGAGGUUGACAUCGAUGGUACAGUAGAAGAGGAUGUUGGUAAAAGCAGAGAUGGCUCUAGAACAGAUGAUGAAGUGGUGCAGAGAGAGGAGGAGGCUAUCCAGCUGGAUGGAUUAAACGCAGCUCAGAUUAGGGAAAUCAGAGAAAAGUCAGAAAAACAUGUCUUUCAAGCUGAAGUCAACCGGAUGAUGAAGCUGAUUAUCAACUCCCUCUACAAGAACAAGGAGAUCUUCCUUAGGGAGCUGAUUUCCAAUGCCUCUGAUGCUCUGGAUAAGAUUCGCUUGUUGUCUCUGACCAAUGAACAAGCAAUGGCCUCCAAUGAAGAGCUCACCAUCAAAAUCAAAUCUGAUAAGGAGAAGAACAUGCUCCACAUCACUGAUACUGGUAUUGGAAUGACCAAAGAGGACCUGGUGAAGAACUUGGGCACCAUUGCUAAAUCUGGCACCAGCGAGUUCCUGAAUAAGAUGUCAGAGAUGCAAGCUGAGGAUCAGUCAACCUCAGAGCUGAUUGGCCAGUUUGGCGUUGGUUUCUACUCUGCUUUCCUCAUUGCCGACAAAGUCAUCGUGACAUCCAAACACAACAAUGACACACAGCACAUCUGGGAGUCCGACUCCAGUCAGUUCUCUGUCAUUGAGGACCCUCGCGGGGACACACUGGGCAGAGGAACCACCAUCACACUGGUACUGAAAGAGGAGGCCUCAGACUACCUGGAGCUGGACACCAUCAAGAACCUCGUCAAGAAAUACUCUCAGUUCAUCAACUUCCCCAUCUAUGUUUGGGCCAGCAAGACGGAGACAGUUGAGGAGCCCAUCGAGGAAGAUGCAGAUGCAGCAGAGGAACCAGAGAAAGAGGCUUCUGAGGACGAGGCAGAGGUUGAGGAAGAGGAGGAGGAGGACAAAGACAAGCCUAAGACAAAGAAGGUUGAGAAGACUGUGUGGGACUGGGAGCUGAUGAAUGAUAUCAAGCCCAUCUGGCAGAGACCACCUAAGGAGGUUGAGGAGGACGAGUACAAAGCUUUCUACAAGACGUUCUCUAAGGACAGCGACGACCCUCUGUCCCACAUCCACUUCACGGCUGAGGGUGAGGUUACCUUCAGGUCCAUCCUGUUUGUGCCCACGUCAGCUCCCCGCGGCCUGUUCGAUGAGUACGGCUCCAAGAAGAAUGAUUACAUCAAGCUGUUUGUGAGGAGAGUUUUCAUCACUGACGAUUUCAACGACAUGAUGCCCAAGUACCUGAACUUCAUCAAGGGAGUGGUUGACUCUGAUGAUCUUCCCUUGAAUGUGUCAAGAGAGACUCUGCAGCAGCACAAACUGCUCAAGGUUAUCCGCAAGAAGCUGGUGCGUAAGACGUUGGACAUGAUCAAGAAGAUCGCAGAGGAGCAGUACAACGAGAAGUUCUGGAAGGAGUUUGGAACCAACAUCAAGCUGGGCGUCAUCGAGGAUCACUCCAACAGGACCCGUCUGGCCAAACUGCUGCGCUUCCAGACCUCCAACAGCGACACGGAGGUGGCCAGCCUGGAGCAGUAUGUGGAGCGCAUGAAGGAGAAGCAGGACAAGAUCUACUUUAUGGCUGGCACCAGCAGGAAGGAGGCUGAGUCUUCUCCUUUCGUGGAGAGGCUGCUGAAGAAGGGCUACGAGGUGAUCUACCUGACAGAGCCUGUGGAUGAGUACUGCAUCCAGGCACUGCCCGAGUUUGACGGAAAACGCUUCCAGAACGUUGCAAAGGAGGGCGUCAAGUUCGACGAGAGUGAGAAGACUAAGGAGAAGAGGGAGGCCCUGGAGAAGGAGUUUGAACCUCUCACCACUUGGAUGAAGGACAAGGCCCUGAAGGACAAGAUCGAGAAGGCCGUCCUUUCUCAGAGACUAAUCGAUUCCCCCUGCGCUCUGGUCGCCAGUCAGUACGGCUGGUCAGGAAACAUGGAGAGGAUCAUGAAGGCACAGGCUUACCAGACAGGAAAAGACAUUUCUACAAACUAUUAUGCCAGCCAAAAGAAAACAUUAGAACUCAACCCCAAACAUCCUCUCAUCAAACAGAUGCUUAACAGAGUCAAUGAGGACAGCGAGGACCAGACAGCGUCAGAUCUGGCUGUCGUUCUGUUUGAGACGGCCACGCUGCGCUCAGGCUACCAACUGGCUGACACAAAGGCUUACGGAGAGAGGAUAGAGCGCAUGCUCCGGCUCAGCAUGAAUGUACCCCUGGAUGAACAGAUUGAAGAAGAGCCAGAGGAGGAGCCAGAGGAGGAGCCCGCAGAGGAUGACUCUGAAGAUAAAGAGGAAAUUGUAGAUGACGAUGAUGAUGAUGAAGAAACGCAAACCGGUUUUGUCCACAUCCAUAGACUGAUAACAGGAAUGAGUAUAGAAAUUCCUGAAGGACUGACGGAGCUGUUACAGAGCUUUACCGUGGAAGUGUUGAGGAAUCAGCCCAGGGAUUUGCUCGAGUUUGCGUUACAGUACUUCACCCAGCUGAAGGAAAGUGAGACCAAAGAGGCCUCAUUUGGCAAUGACCAAAAUUCGGCCCCAAGACCUGGAAAAGCGGUCAAUUUCAUUGACGAAGCCAUGCAGAUCGAUUCGGAGAACGGAGAGGAGGAGGAGGACGACGAUGACGAGGAAUUCAUAGCGCCGGUAAUAAACAGAUUCAUCAGAAGAGCAUCAGUGUGUGCUGAAGCGUUUAAUCCUGAUGAAGAUGAUGAGGAGAAAGAGCCACGGGUCACCCACCCAAAAACCGAUGAACAGAGACAGAGACUACAGGAAGCAUGUUGGGACAUUCUUCUGUUCAAGAAUUUGGAUCCGGAAGAGAUGUCUCAGGUGCUGGAUGCCAUGUUUGAGAAAUUCUGCACUGAAGGGGAGCACAUCAUCGAUCAAGAUGAUGAUGGGGACAACUUUUAUGUUAUUGAAAGUGGGAUGUUUAACAUUUUUGUGAAGGUUGAUGGCACAGAGAAGCUGGUAGGCUGCUAUGACAACCGAGGCAGCUUUGGAGAACUUGCAUUGAUGUACAACACCCCCAGGGCAGCCACAAUAACCGCCACCUCGCCUGGAGCCCUUUGGUGCCUAGAUCGUCUGACAUUCAGGAGGAUUAUAGUGAAGAACAAUGCCAAGAAAAGGAGGCUGUAUGAGGCAUUCAUUGAAACGCUACCACUGCUUACGUCAUUAGAGCUGUCAGAGAGAAUGAAGGUAGUGGAUGUAAUAUCCACCAAGGUGUACAGUGAUUCACAGCAGAUAAUUGCUCAGGGUGAUUUAGCAGAUUGCUUCUACAUUGUUGAGUCGGGUCAAGUUAGAAUCACCAUGAAAAGAAGCAGGACGAAAACAGACCAGGAGGAAGAGGAGGUGGAUAUUGCCACAUGCUCUAGGGGCCAGUAUUUUGGGGAGCUGGCACUUGUCACAAACAAGCCCAGAGCUGCAUCAGCCUAUGCUGUGGGAAGCGUCAAAUGCUUGGCCAUGGAUGUCAAAGCCUUUGAGAGAUUGCUGGGCCCAUGCAUGGACAUCAUGAAGAGAAACAUUGCUAACUAUGAGGAGCAGCUGGUGACCCUGUUUGGAAGUAGCGCUGAGAUUGAGCAACAAAGUGCAUGAGUCAGCUCCGAUGGA